UUUACCCUCUCCCGACGAGGGAGAUGACAUAGAAAUGUCAGAGGAAAUGCAAUAUAAAAACGUGUGCCAUUCAAUUCAAGCUCAUCAGCACGCUAUAAAAUACCUGCAGAUAAUCGAAAACAGUCACCAUACUUAUUUGUUCAUUUCAAUGGGGAUGCUUAUAACAGCGGUCAGCGUCUCGUUGUUAAAGGUGGCAGAGAACGAUCAUCACUCGCAAUGGAUAAUGUAUUGCAUGUUUUUACUCGCCCAACUGUUUCACGUAUUCGUUUUAACUGUCCAAGGCCAGUUCGUGAUCAACGCGUUAGACGGUGUUUCAAUCGCGAUAUAUGAAUCGCUGUGGUACAAUCUUGCACCCCGAACACAAUUAUUAUACGUGUUAUCGUUAAGAUGUGGCCUGAAACCACCUCUGUUAACAGCAGGUGGUCUGAUAACACUGAGCUUACGAUCUUUCGCAGAGACUUCUUUCUUUCAGAUCAUUAAAGCAUCCGUUUCAUAUUACACAGUUAUGCAAUCGACUUGAACGUUACUA